AUGGCCGACCCUGUCCUUGCAGUGACCUCGCAGACGGCCACUGGUGCCCAGCGCCGAGAGGAGCCGCUCCGUGGGCACAGGCAGAAGGACAGAGCCUCUUCAGAUCCACAGCAGGCCUUGCAGGAGGCACUGUCCUUGCUGGGCAGCGACGACUGGGAACGGAAGAAGAAGGGACUCUUGAACAUCACACUGCUGGCUGAGUCCCAUUCAGAAGUCCUGCUGUGUCGGCUUCGUGAGAUUUGCUUGGCAGUUACCAGAGAGGUGACCAACCUCCGGUCCAACGUGUCCUGCUCUGCAAUUGUCACUCUGGGAGAGCUCUUUGCGAUCUUGGGGAAGGACAUGAACUCCGAGGUGGAUCACAUUGCUGCAGUCCUUCUCCACAUGUUGCGGAAUUCCCCAGAGUUUAUUCAGAAGGCAGCCUGUCAGAGCCUGGGCAUGAUGGUAGAGAACGUGACUCCUACACGAGCAAUGACUGCUCUCAUGGACAAUGGAGUCAAGAGCCGCUACGUCCCGGCACGGAAGUGUACGGCCGAACUCCUCCUGUCCAUGAUGGAGAAAAUGGGAGUCACAAAGCUUGCAGGCACACCCAUGGCUGAGAGGCUGGCACAGGUGGCAGGGACACUUGCUCAGGACAGUCACAAGGACACGAGGCAUUAUGGACAGGAGAUGGUGAAGAUGUUGCUUAGUAAUCAAAAAUUUAAAAAGCUUUUGGAACAAUCUCUUUCCACGCAUGACCUGGAAGAUAUCCUGAAGAGAAUUAAGAAGAAAGAAUACUGCCCUGCUGUCAAGCCCUGUGGAGCUGGAAGAAGCUUGGGGAUGGAAAACCAGAAGGCUGAACGCCCACCUGUGCAGGAGCCGGUGAAGAAGAGGAAUGAAGGCUCCAAGGAGCCCCAGGCCACAUCGCCUUCUAGCAAACAGGCAAAGUCUGCCACUGGUGGACGCCGCCUACACCGUGCAAGAGCCCAGGUCACAUUACCUGCAUCUGUGGAAGAAAGGGAGCUGCUCCAGAAGCUUUACCAUCUCCUGGAAGCCAAGGCGUUCCAGACACGGAUGGAAGGAGUGGCACUCCUCCUAGAUCUGUCCAAAACCAGACCCCAGCUGAUCUCCACUAACAUUGUCAAAAUUUUUGAUUAUUUUGGCCUGAGAAUCUGUGACACACAUAAGAAAGUGAAGCAGAAGGCGCUGGAGGCGCUGGCAGAAAUCAUAGGACUCCUGCAGGAUGCCAUGAACCCAUUGAUGAUCCGUUUGGUUGAAGGCAUAACAAAGAACCUAAACUCAAAGGAUCCUGGGGUUCAUGCUGCAGCUAUGACGGCUCUGGACCAAUCUGUUGUGCAUUUAGGUAAGGCUGAGCCCUGGCAUGGACUCUCCUCACCUGUGUCUCUGUCUCUCCGACACAAGAGAACGCUGAGUGCCUUGGUAGCUGUUGCUGUCUGUGGAAUGCUCCAGCUGACACCCACCAGAAGCUGUGCAGGUGCAGUCCUUAUGCACCAUCCCCAACUGGCUGGAAUGUGCAGCAGCAUUUCCCAACAGUCCCAGGAGCCCUUGGCUCUGUGCUGCUGGUCUGAAGAGCAAGUCCUGGACUACAGCUUUGCUGCAAUUCAGAGGCAAAGGGGUUUUGGAGUUUGCUUGGGCCCCGUCUGACUUGCCAAAUGAACAGCUUUGCUGUAGGCAUGAAGGGACACCGGCCCAUCAGAGCUUCUGCACAGCAGCCACCUGGAAGGCUCUACAUUAUAGGCAGUAGCUGCCUGUUUUCCACCUUUCUUCUUUGUCUUCUUUUUUCAAAGGGGACCAUAGGAUUCAUCAAGUUCAUUUCUUUAUAACACACGGGUCAAAAUCCAUCUGUCAAUGAUGCCUUGUUCCACACGUUGUUUUGCAUGGGACAAGAAGGAAAUGGCAAAUACCUAUAGAGGCAAGGGCAGCUGUAAAUUUUUCUACCACACAGAUUGAUGUCAGGUCUGAAAAUGCCACACUGGGGGAAUAUGGCUGAACAAUGGAGUGUUGAAGAGGCAGGUCUUCAAGGGGAGUUUCCACUUUCUCCACCUCAGCUGCUCUGCGAAGUCAUGGACUGCCUGACUCAGUGCCUUUCUGUGUCCCAAGUAUGGGCUUCUUCCUUUUGGCUCUGCGAUGCAGAACCUUUUCAUUGCUUCCAUGUGACUGAACUCUCAAGGACCCUGAUGUGAAAUGUUUUAACAUAGCUCCUGAUAGAGCAGACAACUUUGGAUUUACAAAUGUGAAAGGAGAGCUUUUCUUUUGCCAUUUUAAACACUGACAAGUAGGCUGGAAGGAAAGAAGGAAAGGAUUCAAAAAUCAGCAGAAAUGGACUUUAUUGUAUAAAAUGGGGUUGCCCCUGUCCUUUCCCUUGCCACUGUCCUCUCUCCUAUGCCCUCAGAAGAGUGAACAGAAACGUGUGUUUCACUUGUAGAUGAAGUAUCACUGAUGAA